AUAAUUCAAUCUUCAACUUAUAAGCUCGAUAUAUCUUCUUGUAUUCUGAUCAAAUUUCUGUUCGAGUUGAUGAACAAGCAGCAGGAAUCCCUUUUAAAGAAAGUGACUGAUACUAGAGAAAGGAUUAUGAAGGAAAUAGAAGAGGUUACUGAAAAAAUUAGUACUGUAAAGACAGUGACUAUAAUUUCGCACGUGGUUUUCGCCGCUGCGGGUGUCAUUUACACUGCCGGAUGUAUAGCUCUAAUGUGUACAGGCGUGGGUGCUGGUCUGGGCGCUGUAGGGGCUCUGGGAAUACCAGUGCUUGCGGUGCAAUGGGUGGGCGUCAAUUAUGUCUUGAAUGAUAGUCUUGAAGCUCUUCAGAAACAGCUAAAAGCUCUGAACAUAGUGAAAUCUAUACCACCAAAGAUAGAGGCAAACGCAAGCUUACUGCUCCUAUGGGACACCAACAACCGGAGCACCACCUACCAGUGGGGCGGACAGAGGAGGCAGCACCGCCGUUCGUCACACCAGCUAACCAAUACCAACAUAUCAUGCUCGAUCGGGUACCCACGGUUUGAUGGCGGUGAUCCCACGGAAUGGUUGAGCAAACUCAAACAAUAUUUCACCCUUCAUGAGAUACCAAGCGAACAACGAGUAAGCUUUGCAUCGUAUCAUCUCAGUGGAAGGAACCCCAUGGUGGCAGGAGAAACGUGUAAGCAUGAAUAGUGGGUACGAUUUGGGUCAUCAGAAGAGAUUUUUCACGAGGCGUUGUCUAAGAUCCGUAGUCAAACAGGGUCUUUAGGCGACUAUUCUGAUUAACGCCAAAUUUAACCCCAGAUAUGUAAAACAUAAGCCAAGGAGUUUGAGAGAUUAAUGAACAAGGUGGAUCUGU